CAGAACGGCUGCUGUUCAGCAUCAUUACCAAAAAGUCGGACAAUAAUGCGACCCGUAUAAACCUUGUGCAAGGUUUUACGUGAGAUGUUAGAAGGAUCGUGUUCGGGGAUGAUGGUCUGGGCCAUGGCAUGACAAUGCCGAUGAGUGUCAUUCUAGUAUGAUGAGCAAAGUACGAUGAGUCAGUGUCCGAACUUUGAAACGAAUAUGCUCCAGUUCCCUUUGCUGCGAUGAUCGAUCCCAUUAUCGUCGGGCUCGAGGAGCGUGGUGAAAGAUCGUCGCUUACAUAAGCUAACAUUUUGCCGUUGAAGCUCGAGUUGGCUCGGAAGCUCUCCAUGUCUUCACAACUUCUCGUCCGUCAAGCUGUUCGUUCAGCGCGCCAAGCUAGGGCGUAUGACCAAGUCAGAUCAGAUUUCCAUGUAAAAUUGCAUAGAAAUGUGCGCGUGAUUUCAUCUUCAGUGACGCGCUCGGCGGCAGCUGCACCGAAACUGAAACCGACACCGACCUCAACGCCUCCCCCUCCGUCUUUCGAGCCUGCACCGCAGCGAGAGCAAUCAUGGUUGACCACGAAAGUCAAGGCUUCUCCACUCCUUUUCUCAGUAUUUCUCUCUGCGGCGCGUAUUCUUGGCUAUGGCUCGCCGCAACAGUUUGCUAAUCGGCGCACUCUGCUCUUAUACAACACUCUAUGUGCUACGCGUGCUGAUGAAGCGUCUGCAUUUUGGAGAGAAGAAUACGCUCUUCCGCCAACUUUCCAGUCCUGGUUUACGAUCACAAACCUGCAUGUCUGGCUGCUCACUGUCCGACUCCGUGCUCUCCCUGCACCACAUGGGAUACAGCAUGUGCAAGGGCUCAUUGACCAUUUCUUUCAGGACGUCGAGGAACGCUUGCGCGCUGUCCUUCAACCAGGCGUCCUACCUCCUCGUUCUUCAUCGCCAAAGCUAUUAGGCACUACCGAGGAUGGUUCACAUUAUCCACAUAGCUCUUUUUACACCACGCCCGCCGCCCUUGCUCCCAAAAGCACCUUUCCUUCGAAUAAAGCCUACCAAGAGGCCGUAAAACUUCAGAAACGCUCUCGUGCACCAGAAAAGUUGAUCACCAGGCAGAUGAAAAUUUUAAAAGAGCAAUGGGCCGGGAUGGGAAUGAGUUUAGACCUUGGCCUCGUAAAGGGCGAUGCUGAGAUGGCUGCAGCAGUCUGGAGAAAUUUGUUGGGUGCACGGGGUGCAAGUGGGAUUGCGUUGGACCACGAGGCCAACGGCAGCGGUUAUCGGAGAGCGGUUAACCUAGUUGGUGGACUUGUCGAGGAUGUGAGAAAGGUGGACGUAGAUAAAGAAGAGUUCAAGGACGAUAACAGUGGCGUGCAUGACUUUGCUCCUUCGGAAAAUGACCGUGCAGUACCCACCCGUGGCACUUGCGCUAAAGCAUCCCUCAUCUUGUGUUCAUAUUAUUUCUUGCUAAUCGUCACUUACCCCAGAUAUAUCGGUUAUCCAGAGCUUAUGGUCACACUUGUCUCCUACAUCCGCCGUGAGAUUGUGAGACUGGAGCGUCUCGACGACAGUGCCAUCAUGGGACCACGGCGUGUCGGACGUGAGGGUGAAGGUGUCCAGAACCUGAGAUGGGGAGAUAUCGAAAACGCUAUUCGGAGAUAGUAAGCCAGACAGCCUGAAGGUUAUCCCGCAGCUGCGGUAUUCGGAGAGUAUAUUACAAUGCAUAUUUCAAUACUUUGUGGUUGGAUGAUAAUUUUUUUUGCCUCGAUCCGAAAUCUUAGCUCCCACCUUUUGCCGUCGAGGCUGUGAAA